AUGCCGGCGAAACAGAGGACACCUAAAGUCAGCCGUAACCCUGAUCUUAUCAGGGGAGUUGGUAAAUACUCGAGGUCGAAGAUGUACCAUAAGAGAGGUCUUUGGGCUAUCAAGGCCAAAAACGGUGGCGUUUUCCCUCGCCACGACGCUAAGUCCAAAGUUGAUUCUCCGGUGGAGAAGCCCCCGAAGUUCUAUCCUGCUGAAGAUUUUAAGAAACCUCUCGCUAACAGGCGCAAGGCACACCCGACCAAGCUCAGAUCCAGCAUCACUCCAGGGACAGUGUUGAUCAUCCUUGCUGGUAGGUUCAAGGGAAAGAGAGUUGUCUUCUUGAAGCAGCUUUCUUCUGGUUUGCUUCUUGUGUCCGGACCGUUCAAGAUCAAUGGUGUUCCUUUGAGACGUGUUAACCAGUCCUAUGUGAUCGGAACAUCCACAAAGGUUGACGUUUCUGGAGUUAGUCUUGAUAAAUUUGAUGAUAAGUAUUUUGGAAAGGUUGCUGAGAAGAAGAACAAGAAGGGAGAAGGAGAGUUCUUCGAGGCAGAUAAAGAGGAGAAGAAGGAGAUUCCACAAGGGAAGAAAGAUGAUCAGAAGGCUGUGGACGCAGCUUUGAUCAAAGCCAUUGAAGCAGUUCCAGAGCUGAAGACUUACCUUGGUGCUAGGUUCUCAUUGAAACAAGGGAUGAAGCCUCAUGAGCUUGUUUUCUAG